AGGGUGGUGUGAGCAAUGUCGACAGCUUCAAUCAACGGCUGGUGUCUUUCAUCUACUUCUCCUACCCAAUCUUCUCUCAAGAAAGCUGCAUUACGUCCUUCAGUUUUUGCUAGGCUUAAGUACUCUUCUUCUCCCUCUCCUCCUUCGCUUAUCCAGAACAAGCCCGUUUUCGCUGCCCCCGCUCCCAUCAUCACUCCCACUUGGUCAAUUAAUUUGCAGAGAGAAGGCAUGGGCAAAGACGCAUACGAGGAAGCUAUUGAGGGUCUCAAGAAGCUCCUCAGUGAGAAGGGGGACUUGAAAGCCGUUGCGGCUGCAAAAGUGGGGCAGAUAACGGCUGAGCUACAAACCCAAACUUCUGACCGCAAACCUUUUGACCCAAUUGAGAAGAUAAAAAACGGAUACAUUCACUUCAAGAACGAGAAAUUCGACAAAAACCCAGCUUUGUACGGUGAACUUGCAAAAGGCCAAAGCCCCAAGUUUAUGGUGUUUGCAUGCUCGGAUUCCCGGGUGUGCCCAUCACACGUGCUGCAUUUCCAACCAGGAGAAGCUUUUGUGGUCCGAAAUGUUGCAAACUUGGUUCCACCUUAUGAUAAGCUUAGAUACGCUGGAGUUGGGGCUGCCGUUGAGUACGCUGUUUUGCAUCUUAAGGUGGAAAACAUAGUGGUGAUUGGGCACAGUGCUUGUGGUGGAAUUAAGGGACUGCUCUCUUUUCCAGAUCAGGGACCCCCCUCUACCGAUUUUAUAGAAGACUGGGUCAAAAUCGCUUUGCCUGCCAAAGCCAAGGUGAAAGCAGAAUUCGGUGAUGCACCUAUGCCAGAACUCUGUGGACAUUGUGAAAAGGAGGCAGUAAAUGUAUCCCUGGGAAACCUACUAAGCUACCCAUUUGUGAGGGAAGGCUUGAUGAAGAAAACCCUUGCAUUGAAGGGCGGCUACUACGACUUUGUUAAAGGAAGCUUUGAGCUAUGGGGGCUUGAGUUUGGUCUUUCUCCUUCUGUCUCUGUAUGAACAUCAACCAUUACCAGUGACUUUGUCUUAGCUCCAAUGUACUCUGUAAUUGGCUUGAUGAGUUAAAUAACAAGGAGAUCAGUACCCAUGCUCCUAUUAGAACUGUAUGAUGAACUUCCUAAUUUUCUUCAAUAAAGAAUAAACAUGCAAGCUCUGAUUGAUUUUUU